CGACCAACUGGAAUAGGAUUUGAUUAUAAUUUUACGGAACUAAGAAAUCCUGAGUUUAAGAAAAAAACAAGUUAAGUCAUUCAAAUAAAUUAAUAAUGAAUAAAUAAAUAAUUCCUAAUUAUAAAUUAUAGACAUAACGUAUCUCAAAAAUUCAUAAAAAACACUUAGUGUGUUUCUAAAUUCGGAUCAGUUAAGUGAAGUUAAAGUGAAUUUGGAAAGAAUUAAGUGGAAAUUAAAAAAAUGCAAAUAUUUUCAUGGCUUUAUCUUGUGGCUUCGUUGAAGAUUGUCGCAUCGAAAAUGGAACCAAUAGGUUUAACCUCAAGAGAAGAAGAAAUCGUAUCUCCAAUUUUUAGUUAUCUAAGGAAAUCUGAACUUUCCAGGGAUGAGGAUGGAAAACCACUAAGUUUUCUAGAUUUGAAUGAUUUCAAUUCUAAAUCUCCAACAGAAGACUUGGAAUUUAAAAAUUAUGAAAAUUUACAAUUAGAAGAUUUGGACGCAUCCAUAGAAGAUGAUGCAAACACGUCUGAGAAGCAAAUGGAAAAUGCUAAGUUUUUACAACUAUCCGCCUACCUAAAGAAACUUCUUCAACAACCUGGUAGUUGGACGGCACCUCUUGUUCUUAUUGAUCAACCGCUACAAGAUUUUGACAACAGUUUGAACUAUCCGGAAUUAGAAAAUCAACCUGCAGUCAAAAAACGAUCAAGAUAUUACAGGAGGUACCCUUGGAAAAGGAAAAACGCUAGCUCACGAUCCGCGUAUGAUUAUAAUAACACUCAAUAUUUGUGCACACCAUCAAAAAAGGAAGUGUAUGAAUUAUUGGUUGCUCUUCACUCCGCUCGUCAAGGCAGUAAACCUGAACGACUUCAUUUCUGCAAUCGUCACAGACAACCAGGCAUCGUUUUCUCGAAUCUUCGAUUUCUCGGUCGGCGAAAAUAAAAGAAUUUUCACUAAAUAUGACGUUCAAAAUCUAGAUGAUGAUAUUCCAGAAAUUUAAUCCAGAUUUCAAACUAUAUUUAUUUUUAUAUUGGUGAAUUCUAUUUUGUCAAUACAAAUAUAAUCACUUAAAUAGUUAAUCUACAGUUGUAUUUCAAUGUAUUAUUUAUCACAAUUUUAGCAUUAGAACUGCUUUUGUGAAGGCCAUGUACCACUUACAAGAUUCCUGACUUACCGACGGGGUGUUCUUUCGCGAUAAGUAACGUAUAAAAGAAAUUAGAUAUGGAAUUUAAAAUUUGAGAAAUUAAAUAACAAGCACUAAGGAACGUUUUUGUCAUUAAAAAUGUUUUCAUUUAAAAAAAUACAUUUUUAUUAAUAUGAAAAUUUAGACCGCUAAAGACAUUCAGUAGUGCCUUUAAUUUAAUUUAAUAUAUUUUCAACUCGAUAUAACAUUUCGUGCGGACGUAAAGUAUUGGAAAAAAAACUCGGUAAGGUAGGAAUCAAGUGGUCCGUGGUUAUAAACUAAAUUCCAUUAUUUAUUCUAAUCAUUUAAUUAAUUAAUAAUUAGGAGGCUAAGUUUGUUGAUAAUAAUAAAUUUGACUACAAU